AUGAACGUGCACUCUAAAUUCCGAGGCUUCUCUCUACAGAACUUUCCGCUACAUGUAGACCAAAUGACUGAGUUGGGAAUACCGUCUGACGAUAUCGAUUGCUACGCCGCUAUGAUGGGAGAAGCCUUGGCUACGCUGCACUGGCUUGGGGAGAUGGAUGGCAACGACGUGGAGUUCGUUCUGGCUCCACUACCUAGGAGGAGAGAUGAGACCAAUAACACGGACUAUACGACGAUCACAAAUGUCUUAGGGAAGCAUACUAUGUGGAUGUUAGAUUUUGACCUCUGUCGUUCUCUCUCUAUGGACUUGGAUGGUGUCCAGCAAGCGGUCAAUGCAUUCUUCAAGAAUGAUCCCUUCACUCCACGGCCGAAUACAAAGCACUGGACAGCAUUUCGAAGACAGUAUUUACAGACUGCUAGAGAUGUGAUAUGUGGAUUCUCUGGGGACAAGGCGGAUUUGGAGGAUCGGCUUUAUCUCUCUAGUCAGUUCAUUGAACUUGUUGAGCGGCAGGAACAAAGCACAAUGGCCAGUCGUCGAGAGAACCAAAGGACGGAUACAUCAUGGACAAGCUCCUUGGUCGAUGUAAUGGAGCAAACCCUCCGGUUAGAAGACAGGCUACAUAUUCUAGAGUCCGAAUCCCCUCAAGCACGCCUCAGGAGGCUUCUUUCAACGAAAUCUGUCAUAUCGACCUCCUCAUCGUAUGCAGAACGCCAGCAAGCAGCAGUUGGUUGUCGGUCUCCGUUCCGGGAGAUCGGUACGGGAUCUAUAGGCAAGGUUUUUGAACAGGCCGGUACGCUGUGGGCUUUCAAGGUGCUACUCAUAGAGCGCAGUGAUAAACUAUGGAACAAUUACAUCAUGAAUCUCCGAAUCCAAGAUAGCUUUGACCGGAUAGACCUCGACACGGGCAGCUUGGAGCUCCCUCGGGCAGCCUGGUUCGCUAGCAAAGAUUCUGAGUUCUGGCCCGAGAACCUCCAUCUCUUUCCAGAUGAUCCCACCUUUCCUCGCCGGCCUCGCGAAAUUCUGUGCAUGGAAAGAAUUUUUCCUCUACCUCAGUCCGUCCGGGACGCCUUGAUCGACCUCUUCUGCAACCCGAAUCAUGCUGCCGCAGCCAAGAGCGCUCCUGCAAACAAGGAUUGCAUAGUACGGGUAUUCAUUGGCCGCAAGCGCUUUGGGACAUCGCUUCCAGGCGGAAGUCGUUUUUUUUCUCUAAGGAAUUACAAGCUCCACGUUGAUCAGAUCUCAGAGCUGCAAUUGGACGCAGACGAAUAUGCAACAAGCAUGGCCAAUGCCCUUGCAAUUCUACAUUGGCAUACACGGAUCGACGCCAUGGAUGUGGAGUUCGUUCUCGGAAGUACCCCGUUGGAUCUCAAUUCCGUUCGUCGUGCUCUUCCACUUCAAGACAUCGCACGUCUCAGGCCUGGGACCAGUACAUUUGAACGUGCUACAAACACAACUCCCAAUUUCAAAAAGCGUGUCGUCAGCCUAUGGAUGCUUGAUUUCGAUACCUGCGGGCCAAUAACGAUGAACGCCGCUGGAGUCAAUCAGGCCGUGAGGGCAUUUAUUGAAAACGAUCCCUAUUAUCCUCGACCCUACUCGAAUGACCCUUACUCAGAGCGCUUGUGGCAAAUAUUCUCACAGCGCUACAUAGAAAAGGGAAAAAAGGUGAUCUCUGCCUCUUUGCAAUCACUGCCCCAGCAGUUCAUUCAUGACCUGCAGCCCCAACCCAAGGACCAGGCGCAACUUCAGGAAGUAGACCACCUGCGCCGUAUAAUCAACAGCCUCAACAACCACCACGUUCACGGUCUACUCAAAACGCCCCUAGACACCAUCAAGGAAGACAGCGGGGUGGUAGGGGCUCGGCACGUGGCUCAUCAUCGACCUGCCCUGCCACAGCGGGAAACAGGGGCGAGGAAGAAGAAGCCCGACGUCGUCGCCGAGGGCUUGGUCGAGGAACUCGCGGGGGCCGUGGUCAAGGAUAACAUCAAGUAUCAAGAGGAUUGGCACAGCGAAUUUGAUGAUAAUACUUAA